AUUUUUAAAAAAAAUACUGUGUUACUUUUUUUGUUGUGUGUUGUGAAGACAAAAAUAUGUUACGGCAAAAAUAACUGGGUAAAAACUGAAAUAUCAUUAGAAAUAGCUUUAAAUUAGAUACUGGAUUCUCGUAUCUUAGUUAUGGUGAGGUACAAAAUUUGUCAUUUUCAGAUAUCAAAAAUAAAAUCUUGGAAGAAAAUCAAAAUCUAGAAAAUGUUGUAUUAACGAAAAAAACGGAUAUAAUAUUUUUGGACCUUUUUUGUAGUAAUAUGUUUACUUUUAUGGAAUAUACUGAACUUUUUUUUCGCCUCAUUCAUGAUCCACCAGGAAAUACUUAUGAUAUAAAUACAAUGAUUAUAAAUGAUUCGAUUACAAAACAAUUUUUAGUUACAAUAUUAAAUUAUUAUAUGGACGAUAGACUAACUAUAUUUUGGAUAAUACAUUUAUAUACUUAUUAUGUUCAAUUGUUUAGAAAUGAUGUAUAUCGAUAUAAAAACAAUAUUAAAAAAGCUAUCGAACAAGUUUUGGAAAAUUUAUAUCUUGUAAGUAAUCAAAUAUGUCGACAAAAUAAUAAUUAUGAAGUUGAUUAUUUUAAUGGAGAAUAUUAUAUACUCCUCACAAAUCUAAUAAAUACCAUGCAUAAAAGACAAGAAAUCAACAAAAUUGAUUUAGAAAAUGUAGAAGAACAAGAAAAUUCGUUCUCACUUAGAAAUAUUUACAUGUGUGAUAUAAUUGAAGACAAAGAUUUAUUGAGAACUAUUAUAAUAGAUUUUGGUGAACAGAGUGAAGCUAUUUUUGAGACUAUUUACAAUAACAUAUAUAAAGAAUAUACAACGGCAAAGAAUUAUUUUCGGUUUGAUAAAUGGAUACAACAAAUAGGAAUUUACCAACAAAAAGUCUUAAACGUUUUUAAAACCGUUUUAAUGCAUUUAAUGAGAAAAAAAUUAAUGUAUGUUUCUUUAUUGUUAGAAAAUAAACAGAAAGUAGAUGCAAUAUACGGCCUAAAAAAAUUGCAAUGUUUAAUUGAGAAUACCAUUAUAUUAUUUGAUGGUCAAGAAGCUUGUGAUGUUGAAAAAGUAUUCAAAUCAUUUAAUCAAGGCUAUUAUCAUAAUGAUUUGAUUUUAAAUAUCGAUAAUAUAAUAAAUAAAAUAAAACCGAACUCUUUCAAAUUAAUUUCAAAUGAUUUAAUUAAUGAUUUAAUUAAUGACCUAAGCUACAAAUUGAGUAUUAAUGUUAAAACUGAAAAGUAUAUCAAAUAUUAUAAAUUAAAUAAAGAUGAUUUAAAAUUUAUUAAAUAUUUAUACACAAUCUCAGAUUCCAAAGAAAUGAAUAAUCAUUUAGUAAAUAUAUUUUAUUUUACUAAGUUAUUCGAUAAAAUAUUCCAAAGUGUUAAUAUAAAAAGUAUUUUAUCAUAUUUAAAAUUUACUGAAACUUUAGAAAUAUUCAAUUUCGAAGAUGAAAAUAACGAUGAAAAUAACAAUGAAAUAAGGUUAUUAGAUUUGUGAAAAUAAUUUUUUUAUAAGUUCAAACAGUUUUUAAUCAGUUUUUGAAUCAUCAUAAUUUAUUUCAAAUCAAUACUAAAAUUAUUUUAAAUUAAAUUGGAGUUUAUUUUUAAUGGUGUUUUAAUCGUCGUUUUAAUAAUAUAACUUACAUUAUGAUAUCACUUAUAAUAAUAGCAUAGAAUAUGUUUUUUGAAUAUGUAUUUCACAUAUUAUAAAUAUUUUUAACAUCAAAACAGAGUUCCCUUCUUAAAAUACUAAAUAACCAAAUGAUAUCUGGACAAAAUCUUCAGCUUUCAUGAUUAUGCUAUAGAUUGCAAGGACACUCUCCUCUGAUCAUAAUAAGCCAUUUUACAUUCUAAAACCAGUUCUUUUUUGGCAUCAAAAUACAAAAAAUCUAAGAGACUCCACUCGAGAAUCAUUUUUUUUGUAAAUUAGCCCCAACAAUUUUUUUUGAAUUUAAAAUUUUUUUCAAAUUAAUAAUAAUCUUUAAUUUAUAAUAUACUUAGAAAUGUUAAAGUGAAUUUAGUUUUGGUGAAUAUUUUAAUUUAUAUUUAUUUACUUAUAAGAUAAUAAUAUUAUAUUUUUC